ACAGUCUUGGCAGGGUUUGUUUGCCGAAUUUCAAACCGAUAUUUUACAACUCACCUUCACCUCGUUGCCCGCCUUCACGCUAUGAUGGAGCCGGCUAGCUAGUGCAGUGAAAUUAAAAUCAGGCAUGGGGACCUUCACGCCCAAGAAAGGCGCCAGCCGAGAUGCCGAGGAAGCCUGCCCUCCUGCACUGCGGAGCUGGCAGGCACCUCCGGAUGGGCUUUUUGAUGCGAUUGUGCCGAGCCUCACGGCGCGACAGUUCGUUGUGGUGCAGCUGGUGUGCAAGGAAUGGAGCCGGUCAGCACGCUCCUGUCUGAAGCAGGCUACACCCAAACGACCUGAUGUCGACCUAUACAAGCUCGUCGCGUUAUAUCCAAAUCUGACGCAGUUGAACCUGUCACACGUCGAGGGUUUGUCAGCGCGCAUGCUGGCACCGCUCCAGCAGCUCACCGCACUCCGCGAGCUGUGCCUUUCCAACAUCGCGCUACAGCUGCAGCACCUGGUGCCAGACGGUCCAGCCGGCGCGGGCGCACAUGUCGGGGCAGUGCCCGUGCUAGACGGGGCGGGGGCAGGGCCCUCGCUGCAGCCGCCGCAGCCAGGGCAGCAGCAGCGUCAGCAGGGCCCAUUGCUACCCCCGCUGGCGCCACCGGCCAGUGCACGCCAUAAGGGGCGCUCGAAAACACCUGCCGCAGCAGCAGCGGGCUCAGGGCAGGCUGGCGCCGCCGCCGCCGUCGAGCAUGCGGCGCUCCAGGCUGGCGGCCUGCCGCGCGCUCAGUCCGACACACCUGCUGCGGAGUUUGCGCAGUCGCGUCCCGCUGCGCCCCCACAGGGCCCGGAUGGGGCGGAGGCUGCAGCGGGUGGGCAGUCCCAGCGACACGCGCCGCAGCAACAGGGCUCCGCCUGCACCGUCACCGGCGCGCAGCAGACCACGUCCGCCACAGGCCUCCCGCCGCCGGCUCCGCCGCCACCACCGCCGCGGCGAGCACGUCGCGAUGCCGACGGCGGGCCCUCGAACGCCAAAGCGGCCAAGUCGCCGACGGUGGAAUCCGUGGAUGGCGGCGGCGCCGCAGGCGCUGCUGCCGCCGCAGGCGCUGCUGCUGAUAGCACACGCGGCGGCGCAGCUCAGCCACGCCGCCAGGAUGCUGGCGGCAGCCCGCCACGUCACGUGGCGCCGCUGCACGAGGCGGGGUGGGUCCGGGGCGCUGGGUGUUCUCAGGCGCAGCCGCAGGGGCAGGACCAGGACGAGGGCCAGGGGCCGGAGCAGUCGGGGGCCGCCUUGCCGCCCUGCCACCUCUCGCCCGCGUCCCGCGUCUUCGGCGGCUUGGGCGAUGUCCUGCAGCGGCUCACCAAACUGCAGGCCGACCGCUGCCCGGCCCUGACGUGUGAGGCGCUGUCGGCUCUGCCCAACCUGACAGAGCUCACGCUGGACACCCUGAACGCGCCCGAGGCUCUGACGCACCUGGCCCGACUGCGCUGCCUGUCAGUCAAGAAGCUGGUGCAGAGCGAGGCUCUGGAUCGGCUGGGCGGCCUGACCUGCUUGACUGCGCUGCUCGUGAACAGCGACACGAGCUGCGCCGCCGACUUCCUGCCCAUGGCGGCGGCGCGGCUGCCGCGGCUGCAGAGCCUGGCCUUCAAGACCAGCAGCACACGCGCCGCGCCGCCGGGCAUAUCCAGCUGGAGCAGCUUCAGCGUGCUGCGCCAGCUGGACCUGCGCGCCCCCGCCGAGUGCCUCAAGCCCGUGCUGCCCUCCCUGGCCGAGCACAGCUGCCUGACCUCCCUCAGCCUGGACCUGUACAGCGCCAGCGAGGAGGAGCUCAUGGUCACGGUGGUGGCGCCGCCGCGCCUGGAGUCGCUGUUCGUCAGCAGCGACCGCAGCAGGUCGGGCGGCGUGAUCGACAUCCACCCCAACGCCCGCCUGCGCUCCCUGCGCAUGCGGCUGUACUGGACCGCGCUGAAUCUGGUGCUGCCGGAGGGGCUGCCCGAACCCAGCCCGCUGCCCGAGCCGCUAUCGGAGGACCUGCGCGAGGAUGGGGAUGAUGAUGGGGACAGCCCCGGUACCAGCGGAGGUGGCGGUGGUGGCGGAGGCGGUGGUGGCGGCGGAGGGAGAGGGCGAGGGCGAGGGAGGCAUGACGGCGGCAGUGAGGCUGCGGCGGCCGCCGCGGCCGUGGCGGCGUCAGUGGAUGCGACGCGCGGCGGUGCGGGCGGGAGCGGCGGUGGUGUGGCGGGCUGGGCGCAGCGGCUGCGGUCGCCGCGCCAGUCUGGCGGCGGCGGUGCGGGCGGGAGCGUCGGUCACACCAGCUUGUGGGGUGCUGCGGCGGCACGGAUUGCUGCGGCCGCGGCUGCCGCGAUGGCAGUGGUGGUGCCGGGCCGCCACACGGACUCGGGCGGUGCGGCUGGCGCCGCAGGCGGCUCCGGUGGCCGCGCCGCCGGGCGGCGGACGCUGCGGCGGCGGAGCGCGAGCCCAAGCCCCGCGACGCACCGCGGCAGCGGCGCAGCAAGAGGCGCAGCACCCGUGGCCGGACCGGCGUCCGGUGGCGGUGGUGGCGGCCGCGGCUCGAGGCCUGCGCCGCCGCCGGAUGCGUGCUCGCCGCAGCGCAAGCAGGCACGGGUGGCGGGCGCGGGGCUGCAUGCUGCGGCGGACGACGAGGGCACUGAUUCCGGGAUCAGCACACCGCCUGGCGGCGGGCUGGCCGGCGGGAACAUAGAGCUUGAGCUGAAGCGGCAGCGGCGGUGCGGCGCACAGGUUGACGACGCGCCCAUGUCCUCACCAGGAGCCGGGCCGUCAGGGCAGGCAGGAGCAGCAGCGGCAGCAGGUGCUGCCGGCCCUUCGGCUGCAGCCGCUGCUGCUGGCCCCUCGUCCGCUGCCGCGGGGGCUGCGGCGCCUGCCGCCGAGCCCUCCGCCGGCCCAGCUGACAUGGACACGGAAGUAGGAGCAGCAGCCGGGCCUUCCAGCACACCGGUUGGGAAACGGCCAGUCAGCGAGGACGGAGCAGCAGCGGCCACCGCCGCCGCCGCCGGCACCCCAGCUGUAGCAACCGCCAACGCCAACGCAGCCGCCGCAACUUCCACGGCCGCCGCCGGUGGCUUCGCCACGCCCACUGGCGACGCCACCGCCGGCACGAGCAGCGGCGAAGCCGCCGCCGCCCCCUGCACGGGCGCGGGUAUUGGCACGCCACGCUCUCCCCCUCCCGAGCUGGAGCUGACGGACCUGUGUCUGGACGGCUGCUUCUUCCUGCUGUACGGCAGUCUGGUGCCGGUGCUGCGGCAGUUCCCCAAGCUGGCGCGGCUCACGCUGGACAACUGCUUGGCGCUGGAGAACGGCGAGCUGUCUCAGCUGUGCGAGCUGGCCAGCCUGCGGGAGGUCUCGCUCAGCGGCGUGCACCUGGUCACGGACGCGGGGCUGCGCGCGCUGGGGCGGCUGGGCGGGCUGCGCAGCCUGCGGCUGAGGGGGCUGCGCAAGCUAGACCUGCACGCGGCGCAGGCGUACAUGCGCCAGAAGCCCAUCGUGCGGCGCUAUGAGGAGGUGAGCGGCUCCUUCCUGACCUCGCUGGCGGGGCUGCGCGGCCUGCGGUCGCUGGCGCUCAAGCACCUGCACACCGCGGGCGAGCCGCAGCUGCGGGCGGGGCUGGCGGCGCUCACCGGUCUCACGCGGCUCGAGAUCAAGGACGUCCACUCCAUGACGGACGCGGUGCUGCAACAGGCGGUGGCGCAGCGGCACAGCGCGCUGCGGGAGCUGUCCGUGCUGCACUGCGAGGGCGUGACGUCUGUGGGCCGGGCCGCUGUGGUGCGGGGCCUGGGCCAGCGGGUGGCGCUGGACUUUGAGGGCUGCUCGCUGCCCGACAUCACCCGGCCCUGCGCCAUGCCCACCGCCAGCACCAUGGCCCAGCUCAUUGAUGACGACCAGGUCAGCUCCUCAGCACACCCGCGGCGCUCAUGCCAACACAGCAACCAAAACUGAUGAGGACCGCGGAGCUUUGUGGGGCCUGGCGCAGGCAUGCGCAUAUAGGCAUGGGGCAUUUGGGAUGCAUGCAUGUAGGCAGGCAAGGGCGGGGGGCUGCGGUGUGAAAGUGUGUGGUAAUGAGGAUGUUGCUGUCAUGGCUGUUAGUUUGGAACGGGUAGACAGGCGUGUGUUCCUGCGCGGUUUUCCGGCAAGCGACAGGGUCGUAGGCCUGGGCCGGGCAGGUUGGCGACUGCAUGCAGGUGUUAAGCAGACGCUUCAGCAGCCGGCACACCGGUACGGUAUUGGGGUGUCACUGUCCCAAUUCUGAGAUAUUAUGGGGUUGUCACUGUCCCAAUUCUGAGAUAUUAUGGGGAGUGGAGGUACUGCUGUACCUGAGUGCGUGCUGGGCAGUUGGUGAGGGUUAGGGGCGCCAGGGGCAGAGGAGAACGUUGAGUAUUUCCUGCAGAAUGAUGCCGCGCCCUGUGGACAUCUGUAACAGCAGUGGAUGGGAUGCAUUCGGUGGCAUGCGAACAAGACAUUUCUUAUGCUCAAAUGC